AUGGUAAAUGAUGUAAACGUAUUUGUUCCUAAAUUUAUCUGCCACGUGCAGAAAAAUCAAUCUUUGUUGAUAAAAUUAAAAAUCUUGAAGAAGCAACAUUUGAUGAUUAGCGACGCAGUACAAAUGCUGAACAUAAUCUUCAGUUUGCAACUCGUUGCUACUAUAUUUAUGACCUUUUCUGCUAUCACCUUUAAAAUUGUAUACUAUUAUUUUUUUGUAUGGCAAGAUGAAGUGUCCUUUAAUUUAGAUAAACAUUCCAUUAAUGUGCUUUUACUUUCUACGACAUAUAACAUUUUAAAAAUGGUAUUACUUGUAUGGGCCUGUGAGACCGGAAAGAAUCAGGCGCAAGACAGCGAUAAUCACGAUCUACUUAACAGCAUCAAUGAUAAGCAAAUGAAAAAUGAGUUGCAGUUGCGGUUUUCAUUACAAGUAUUACAUCGCGAAAACAUAUUUUCGACAAAAUUUUUCACGAUAGAUACGACACUUCUCAUAACAGUAAUGGGUAACGUUACCACGUAUCUGUUAAUCCUGAUACAAUUUUUGAACAUAUCGCAUUCCUGUGAUGGAAAGAUAGCAAUUAAUGUUACACAAUUCAAAAACUAA